GGGCGGAAGCCCUGGGAGCGCAACCCUGGCGAGCGCAGGUCCCGGGUCUUCCACUGCAGAGCCGUCAGUCAGCUAAGCUGUAGGAGGCGAGUCCCUGAUCCUCCAUAGGCUCCCGGAGGCGCCUGGCUUCGGGACUCGUACCUCGGCGCUAGGAUGGGGAACAGUGCCCUCCGCGCUCAUGUGGAAACGGCACAGAAAACUGGUGUCUUUCAGCUUAAGGAACGUGGACUGACCGAGUUCCCCGCGGAGUUGCAGAAGCUGACCAGCAAUCUCAGGACCAUCGACUUGUCCAACAACAAGAUCGAGAGCCUACCGCCUACGUUGAUAGGGAAGUUCACUCUGCUGAAGAGCCUCUCUCUGAACAACAACAAACUGACUGUUCUGCCUGAUGAGUUAUGCAAUCUGAAAAAACUAGAGACGCUAAGCCUAAACAACAAUCACUUGAGGGAGCUGCCAUCCACGUUUGGGCAACUGUCUGCCCUCAAGACCCUGAGCCUCUCUGGGAACAAACUGGGAGUACUACCAACACAGCUUUGUAGCCUACGGCAUCUGGAUGUAGUGGAUCUCUCUAAGAACCAGAUUCGGAGUAUACCUGACAUGGUGGGGGAGCUGCAGGUCAUCGAACUCAACCUCAACCAGAACCAGAUAUCUCAGAUCUCAGUAAAGAUAUCUUGCUGUCCUCGUCUUAAAGUUCUUCGCCUGGAAGAGAAUUGUCUUGAGCUCAGCAUGCUUCCACAGAGCAUCCUCAGUGAUUCUCAGAUCUGUCUACUUGCUGUAGAAGGCAAUCUUUUUGAAAUAAAGAAACUUCGAGAACUAGAAGGCUAUGAUAAGUACAUGGAGAGGUUUACGGCCACCAAGAAGAAGUUUGCGUGAUGGUCUCCAGAACCAUGGGAACCUAACAGGACACUGACUUGGAGCCUCUGUUGGACUCUGGCUGAAUCAAAGUCUCCUGUUGUCAAGGUUACCUGCAGUAAGAAGAUGACGCUCCAGGGGAUAUUUCACUCAAUGGUCUUUUUCCUUUUUAGGGGUCAUCACAAAUAAUCUAAAAGAAAAGGAAUCAGGAGACAGGAAGGGUCCUACAUUUUGAGUCACAGUUGGGGCAAUGGACGGUGUUGUCACAGUUGAGGCAGUGGACGGUGCUGAUCUUCAAAGCUGUCACUAGUUGGGCUUUAAGAAACCAAUAGCUAGUUGCUAUUUAUACAACCAGAGGGUGCUACCUGGUAACAGUGUAGCUCUGUACCACAGCCUAAGGUUUUGAAUAGCUUCAAUGUGUGAGCUUUCAUAAAGUCAGUUGCCAUUUCACCUCUGUGUUAAACAUGUCAUAUGUAUAUUGUUAUUUUCUUAAUUUGCUACAGGGUACAUGUUGCUUGCUGGAGAGAGACAGAGAGACAGGGAGAGAGAAAAUGAGAAGGCACCACCUCGCAGGGAUGACUAUAAAGCAAUCCCUUCUCCAGUCUCCUCCUCUAGGGAUCUUUGGCACAUAUGGACCUGGUGUGUUUCCCAAGCUGCUGAGUCCAGGAUCCGAACCAGGCAGUCAGCCUGUGAAAUCUAGCUGUCCUUAACCACCACACCACCUCGCUAGCCCAACACUUCAUAUUUUUAUGAGAUUCAAAUAAUUUGUGAAAGGCUGCUAUAGUUAAUCAAAGUGUUCAUGAUUAUAUUCCAGCUCAUCAGUUCAGUUGCAGUGUCCAUGCUUGGAAUUUAGGAUGUACAUAAAUAUAUGAAUAUGUGACUGUCUGGAUUAAUAAAUAGCAUGCUUUGUCAGAGAAGCACCAACACACUAAAAUAUUCCCCAAGGCUGCAGUAGCAAAAUCCUUACUACUGUAGGUGCCUUAUUGGUAGAGGGCUCUGAAGAGCAAAAACCGUAUAUGCAACACUUGUAAUAUAAAAGGGAUUUUAAUAAUCAAGAUUUUCCUGAAGCUUUGUUAGAAAUAAUGUCUUAUUUAUGAUAAUGUCUCCUUUUUUGUAUUUAUAACUCUACUAAUCAAAUUACUUAUCAAGAAACCAUUGCUACAAUAUUUUAAAACAGCCUGUGCUUAUCAAGUUUAUUCUCUAAGUGAGAAUAUACUAAAUAAAGAAUUUUUUAAUGAA